AGUCCAAAAAAAUGUACCUUAUUAUUAAUAAUUAAUUAAUCAUCUUCAACUCUGAUCGGGUGUGGUCAGACAAUUCUAUAUCUAAAAGGGAAUAUUAAAUUUGAUGGUGGCCGGCCGGGUCGGGGAGGGAUCUGGAGUCCUCAUUCGCGGUGAUUGGUCAAAGCUUCCAAACUCUCAAGAUCCGAUUCCAACGUCGGAGUACGGCGCUGAGCCCCAGACGCCAGGGUGGGAAAAAAAUAUCCGAUUUUCCGAAAAUUAAUUAAUUAAUUAAAAAAUCGAAAGAGGGAGAGAGAGAAAAAAGGAAAAAUGAUUCGGGUUCGUUGGUAAAUCUAUUAUUCGUAAUUAUUUUAAAAAAGGAAAAUGGGGAUGGUGGCUGGGUCCUAUAAUUUUGUGGGGAUUGUCAAUCCCGGUGGGUGUCACGGGCCGUCGCUGUUCCCUACAAAUUCCUCGUCAACUCCCGGCCCCAGGGCUUUUUUCUCUUUUGAUUGCUUUCGCCGGACACGUCGUGGUGGUGGUGGCAGUGGCCGUGGCCGUCGUGUGACCAUGGCGACGUCUCCGGCACCUUCAUCGCCGCAGCGGAAGAUUCUCAAGACCUCGGAUCACCUCCGCCACGUGGAUUCAAUGUCGGUUAAGCCUUCCGGCGCUGGCAAGGUGUCGCAGUUGAACGCUGUCAUACUGGGCGAAGCGCUCGCUUCCGAGGCGCACGAUCUCGUCUUUCCCAGUCAUGACUUCUCCUCACAAGCUCUCGUCUCCUCUCCCGAAAAGUAUGAGGAGAUGUACAAAAGGUCAGUUGAGGAUCCAGCUGGAUUUUGGUCCGACAUUGCUUCCGAUUUCUACUGGAAAAAGAAGUGGAGCCAGCCAGUCUGCUCUGAGAAUCUUGACGUCAGGAAUGGAAAUAUCAAGAUUGAGUGGUUCAAGGGAGGAAGAACCAACAUUUGCUACAACUGCUUGGAUCGAAACAUUGAAAGUGGAAAUGGUGGCAAAGUUGCAAUGUACUGGGAAGGAAAUGAGCCUGGUUUUGAUGCUUCUUUAACGUAUGCCCAGCUACUGGACAAAGUGUGUCAGCUUGCAAAUUGCUUGAAAGAUAUGGGUGUUAGAAAGGGUGAUGCUGUAGUGAUCUAUUUACCCAUGUUAAUGGAACUCCCAAUCGCAAUGCUUGCAUGUGCUCGCAUUGGUGCUGUACACUCGGUAGUAUUUGCAGGAUUUUCCUCAGAGUCUCUUGCUCAGAGAAUUGUAGAUUGCAAACCAAAAGUCGUGAUAACUUCAAAUGCUGUUAAAAGAGGUUCUAAGGUUAUUUCCCUCAAAGACAUAGUUGACGCUGGCCUUGUUGAGUCAGCCAAAAAUGGGAUCUCUGUAGAUGCAUGCUUAACCUAUGAAAAUCAAUCUGCGAUGAAGAGGGAAACUACUAAAUGGCAGGAAGGAAGAGACAUUUGGUGGCAGGAUGUUGUUCCUAAAUAUCCAACUACUUGUGAUGUGGAGUGGGUUGAUGCAGAAGAUCCACUUUUUCUGCUCUAUACAAGUGGGAGCACGGGAAAGCCCAAGGGUGUUCUGCACACAACUGGAGGAUAUAUGAUAUAUACUGCGACAACAUUCAAAUAUGCAUUUGACUACAAGCCGUCUGAUGUAUACUGGUGUACAGCUGACUGUGGUUGGAUUACAGGACACAGCUAUGUUACUUAUGGACCUAUGCUUAAUGGGGCGACUGUUAUUGUUUUUGAAGGGGCUCCAAAUUAUCCAGAUUCUGGACGUUGUUGGGACAUUGUAGACAAAUACAAGGUGACGAUAUUCUAUACUGCCCCCACUUUGGUGCGCUCCCUCAUGCGUGAUGGUGAUGAGUAUGUCACUCGUUAUUCACGCAAAUCUUUACGGGUUCUUGGAAGUGUAGGUGAGCCGAUCAAUCCAAGCGCAUGGAGGUGGUUUUUCAAUGUUGUUGGAGACUCAAGGUGUCCUAUAUCUGACACUUGGUGGCAAACAGAGACGGGUGGCUUCAUGAUUACUCCUUUACCAGGUGCCUGGCCCCAGAAACCAGGUUCUGCUACUUUUCCUUUCUUUGGUGUUCAGCCUGUUAUAGUGGAUGAGAAGGGCAUUGAGAUUGAAGGUGAGUGUAAUGGGUAUCUGUGUGUGAAAAGCUCAUGGCCUGGGGCAUUCAGAACUCUUUAUGGUGAUCAUGAUAGAUAUGAAACAACCUACUUCAAGGCAUUUCCUGGCUAUUACUUUAGUGGUGAUGGCUGCAGCAGGGACAAGGAUGGAUAUUACUGGCUGACUGGAAGAGUAGAUGAUGUCAUCAAUGUCAGUGGACAUCGAAUUGGCACAGCAGAGGUGGAAUCUGCACUUGUCUCGCAUCCGAAAUGUGCUGAAGCUGCUGUAGUUGGUGUUGAGCAUGAGGUAAAAGGGCAGGGCAUAUAUGCAUUUGUUACUCUAGUAGAGGGUGUUCCUUACAGUGAAGAACUUCGGAAAAGCCUUAUCAUGACUGUGCGAAGCCAGAUAGGAGCAUUUGCUGCACCUGACAAAAUCCAUUGGGCCCCUGGCCUUCCAAAAACAAGGAGUGGAAAGAUAAUGAGGAGGAUUCUGAGGAAGAUUGCUUCCAGGCAGUUAAAUGAACUUGGUGACACUAGUACACUAGCAGAUCCGAAUGUGGUUGAUGAGCUUAUUAAACUUGCUGAUUCAUAAAUCUCCAAGCUUCUGAAGUGCAGCAAAUCAACCAGUGGAAGAACAAGUUUGAUCUCAGGCUGUCAGCAAAAUUGGUGAGCUUGGAAAGUGGACAAGAGAAUCACUUCAUAUCUUUUGCCUUAUAUUUUUUAGCUGCUUCUCAAUCUUGAUUACCACUCUCGUUGUCAAGAAAAUUAUGCAAGCAGGAUUUCUUUCCCCAAACGGCAUAGUAUGUGCACUUCACUAUCAAAAUGUUAUUUAUGAUCUCAGGGACUGUUGAAACUAGAUUUUGCUGUGGAAAUAAUGGAAAUGAGGAGCCUAUACAAAUAUAUAUAUAUUGGAAUGGGGAUACCAAGUACAAUUUCAUUGUGGAAUUAAUCAAAUCAUUUGUUCGGCUAUCA